CUUGAAUAUGGGUUCAUGAGUUUCGUGAGUAUAUGUUUGUUUUCUUGUCGGCUUUGGCCUGCCUCGUCGUUUGUUUUGGAGUAUAUACAAAUCACCUCCGAGUUUUCGUGUUGGAGGGAGGUAUAUGAGGUGCCUGACGGGGUACUGUACAAGUUGGGAGGGAGAAAAGUCCGGGGGUACAUAUUUCCUGCAUAUACAUUACGGUGGGUUGAGAGUGUCAGGAUGGAUGAUGGAUGGGUGCUGUACAUACAUACAUAUCGGCAUGUUCUCACAACCCAACGACGUCAUGAGAAACAAUCAUCAAUCAAUCGCAUUAGUAGUUGA